AUGCAUGAAGAAAGCACCAUUUUGGUGUUGAUUCUGCUCAUCUCUCCAGGUGUUUCUGACCCAGAGUGGAAAGUGACCUUAACGCCAAACAAAUGUGUCCCUCUCAAUUCAUCAGUUGAUAUUGGAUGCUCCUACAAAUACCUCCAAGGUUAUACACCUGUACAUACUUAUUGGAUUGUAAAUGACACUGAGCCAUGGAAGAAUUUCAGUAAUGUAGAUAAGAUAGACAGAUUGGAAUAUCUGGGGGACAAAGAGAAAAACUGCACUCUGAGAAUUACAGAUGUGAGAGACAGUGAUACAGGAGCGUAUAAGUUUAGGUUUGAAACAGAUAAAUCAAACGGAAAAUGGACUAGUAAAUCAGCAUUCACUCUGUCUGUCACAGCUCUGCAGGUAGAGACAGUAACAGAGGGACAGAGUGUGACUCUGACCUGCCGCUCCUCAUGUCCUCCUAACACCAACCCCACCUACAUCUGGUACAAGAACAGACAACCUGUGACCAUCCAACCCAGAAGCAACACACUGACUCUGAGCUCAGUGAUGAGGAGCACUGACUCAGGCAGCUAUUCCUGUGCUGUACAGGGGCAUGAGAAUGAUCAGUCACCUGCAAAGACCCUGGUUGUCCAGUACCCUCCAAAGAAAACCUCUGCAUCGAUCAGCCCAGCUGGUGACAUAGUUGAAGGGGAUUCAGUGACUCUGACCUGCAGCAGUGAUGCCAACCCACCUGUGCACACCUACACCUGGUACAAGACCACCCAGGGUGAAAAUGCCAUCGGAUCGGGACAGACCUAUAACUUCAAUAAGAUAAGCUCAGAGCACACUGGACAAUACUAUUGUACAGGGAGAAACACAAUUGGAUUCAGAAAAUCUCUGCCACUUAAUGUGACUGUUUACUACUCCCCAAAGAACACACUUGUGUCAGUCAAGCCCACUGCAAUCACAACGGAAGGGGAUUCAGUGACUUUAACCUGCAUCAGUGAUGCCAACCCACCAGUUAUGACCUACACUUGGUAUAAGGUCAACAAAGGUGGAACUCCCGUUGGUUCAGGACAAACCCACACGAUUGUCCAAAUAACCACAGAGGACACUGGGCAAUACUAUUGUAGAGUGAAUAACUCAGUUGGCUUUAAUAAUUCUACAAUGGUGUCUAUUGAUGUAUUUUACUCCCCAAAGAACACACUGGCGUCAAUCAGCCCUCCUGGUGACAUAGUUGAAGGGGAUUCAGUGACUCUGACCUGCAGCAGUGAUGCCAACCCACCGGUAGACACUUACACCUGGUACAAGACCACCAAGGGUGGAAAUGAAUUAGGAUCAGGACAGACCUACAACUUCAACAAUAUAAGCUCAGAGCACACUGGACAAUACUACUGUAGAGGGACAAACAGAAUUGGAUACAGUGACUCUCUGCCACUUAAUUUAACUGUUUUCUAUUCUCCAAAGAGAACUUCUGCCUCAAUCGUCCCCUCUGGUAAUGUAAAAGAAGGGGAUUCAGUGACUCUGACCUGCAGCAGUGAUGCCAACCCACCGGUAGACACUUACACCUGGUACAAGACCACCAGCAGUGAAAGUGCUGUAGGAUCAGGUCAAAACUAUGAAAUCCCCAACAUCACCACAAAUGACACUGGCCAUUACUACUGCAGAGCUGAGAACACUGUUGGAUACAGUAACUCUACACUAUUGUAUGUAAAUGUUUUCUAUCCUCCAAAGAACACACUUGUGUUAAUCAGCCCCACCGGAAGCAUAAAGGAGGGAGAUUCAGUGACUCUGACCUGCAGCAGUGAUGCCAACCCACCGGUGCACAACUACACCUGGUACAAGACCACCAAGGGUGGAACUGCCAUCGGAUCAGGACAAAACUAUGAAAUCACCAACAUCACCACAGAGGACACUGGACAUUACUACUGUAAAGUGGAAAACUCAGUUGGAUUUAAUAAUUCUACAUUUCUCUUCAUUGAUGUCCUCUACACCCCAAAGAACACUUCUGUAUCGAUCAGCCCUUCUGGUGACAUAGUUGAAGGGGACUCAGUGACUCUGACCUGCAGCAGUGAUGCCAACCCACCAGUGCACACCUACACCUGGUACAAGAUCAACAGAAUGGAAAGUAUCAGUUCAGGAAAAGAAUACAUCAUAACAAAGACAAGACAAGAUGACUCUGGCCAAUACUACUGCAGAGCUGAGAACACUGUUGGAUACAGUAACUCUACACUAUUGCAUGUAAAUGUUUUCUAUCCUCCAAAGAACACACUUGUGUUAAUCAGCCCCACCGGAAGCAUAAAGGAGGGAGAUUCAGUGACUCUGACCUGCAGCAGUGAUGCCAACCCACCGGUACACACUUACACCUGGUACAAGACCAACAAUGGUGGAACUGCCAUCGGAUCAGGACAAAACUAUGACAUCCCCAACAUCACCACAGAGGACACUGGACAUUACUACUGCAGAGUGGAAAACUCAGUUGGAUUAAAUGAUUCUACUGAGCUACCCAUUGAUGUUUUCUACCCCCCAAAGAACACAUCACUGGUGCUCAGCCCCCCCAGUAAAUCAUCAGAAGAUUCAGUCACCUUAGCCUGCAACAGUGAUGCCAAUCCACCAAUUCACACCUACACCUGGUUCAAGAAGACUGAUAGUGGACCUGCUCUUCAAGCUACAGGGAACACCAGUAGCUUAGUGUUGGUGUCUGGAGAUGAGGGCUUUUACUAUUGUGUAGCACACAAUCAGUAUGGCUCUCACUACUCUCCAGUCUUUCAAGUCACAUUUCCAGUUCCAGCUGGUCUGUAUGCUGCAGUGGGGGUUUUGCUACCUGUGGCUCUUACAGUGGUGAUUGUGCUUGUGUUUGUGUAUAAAAGAAGGAAACAACCAUCCACCGACGAUACAAACAGGACUGGAAAUGUUGUGCAGCCAAAUCAGGGAGACUCUAGCCCAAUCUACGACGACGUCGGCACGGCCCUAGUAACCUCUGGACCAAAAAGCAAGAUGGAGUCAGGAGCUGAGAAUGACAUUCAGUACGCCAGUGUCCACUUCAAGGCCAAAAAGAAGGAGGACUCCGGUCCAAUCUAUGAUGACGUCGCCACGUUAACCGUGACCUCUGACCCUGAAAACAAGAUGGAGGCAGGAGCUGAAGAUGAGGUUCAGUACGCCAGUGUCCAGUUCAAGGCCAAAAAGAAGGCGGGUUCGAACGAUAAAGAUGACCAUAAACAGAAGAUGGAGGCAGGAGCUGAAGAGGACAUUCAGUAUGCCAGUGUCCACUUCAAGGCAAAAAAGAAGCCAUGA